AUGAAUUCUGAAACUGUGAGUAACCUUGUUACUACUGGAGUUGGUUCUGAGGCUGCUCCGGUCGAGGUUGAUGAACCUAGUUCGAAAAGGCUGAGACCAGCAACUUCUGAUGUUUGGAAUUUUUUCAAAAAGCUCGGUCCAGAUAAGGAUGGAGUAGAACGUGCUGAGUGUAAAGGAUGCAAGAAAGUGUUUAAAGCUGGAGGUAAGCGAUAUGGCACUUCUACUAUAAAACGGCAUCUUGAUAGUUGUACUCAAAUUAAGCAUGAAGAUAUUGGUCAGACUAUAGCAGAAUUGCAACUUAAAAUGGGUCCACUUAAGAUUGAUUUAGGAGUGGCUAGAGAUAUGUUUGCUGGGUAUGUAGUUGCUGGGGAUAAGCCUUUUAAUAUGGUUGAUGAUAGGAGAUUUAGAAAUUGGGUGAAAUAUAUUAGUCCAACUUUGAAACUUCCUUCUAGGAAUACGGUUAAAGCUGACAUAGUGAAAGUUUACAAGAGAGAAGCUGCGAAACUUAAAAAAAUUUUAGUUUCCAUUCCAAAUAGAAUUUGCUUAACAUCUGAUCUUUGGACUUCCAGUACCAAUGAGGGGUUUAUAUGUUUGACUGCACAUUUUGUUGAUGAGAACUGA